CAACCCCCCUCGGCAAACCUACCUCUCUAUAUAUUCUUAAUUUCUUAGUCAAAUUUGCGUACAUUACUUCAACUCGAUCAAAGAAAUACAUACAUAUAGUUCCAUUCUAAUGGAGUGGACAUCUCUCUCGAGCUCAGAGCUGGUGAUAUAUAUAAAAUUCCACCCGCUGCAGAGCUUCAUUUUUUGACAUUUUCUUCAUCAAUGUCCCCAUUUAUUCGAUAAUGAUGAUGAUUCCCCUGUAACCCUCUCUCUCCGGUUUCUCCCUCUCUACCACACCCUUCCUUUGUUUCUCAGAUGCCAUGGAGGCUCUGAGACCUUCAACACCCGCCUCUCUGCUCCAGCAUUCAUCAUCUGCUUCGAGAUCGAUAAGUUUUAGGAGCAAUCGACUAUGGCUCGGGUCUAAAACUGUCCGAACAAAGCCAGGAAAUCUGAGUCUGAAGAAGGGAAGUCGUCGUUUGACGGUCCAAUGCACGGCGGAUGGAAUAGAGAGGGGGUUGUUCGUGGGGAGAGGAGGAGGGGGCGGUCAUGAGGCGGUAGCAGAGGGCAGGAAAGCGGCGGUGAGCCUGCCGGAGAGGUUCAAGGUGGUGGCCUUGAUGGCAGCGAUGAUGUGCCUCUGCAAUGCCGACCGGGUGGUGAUGUCAGUAGCCAUUGUCCCCCUCGCGGCCAAAAACGGCUGGUCCAGCUCCUUCUUGGGCAUUGUCCAGUCAUCAUUCUUAUGGGGAUAUAUAUUCUCUUCGGUGAUCGGAGGAGCACUGGUGGAUCGAUAUGGCGGGAAACGGGUAAUGGCUUGGGGAGUGGCCUUAUGGUCUCUGGCCACUCUCCUCACCCCAUGGGCCGCCAACCACUCGACCCUUGCCCUGUUGGCCAUCCGGGCCUUCUUUGGCCUCGCCGAGGGUGUAGCCUUGCCCUCUAUGAGCACCCUCUCCUCGAGGUGGUUCCCAACACAUGAGCGAGCAAGUGCAGUCGCCGUUUCAAUGGCCGGGUUUCAUCUUGGAAAUGUUGUCGGGCUAAUAUUGACUCCAAUUAUGAUGUCGUCUCUUGGUGUUUCCAGUCCUUUCACUUUCUUCUCAUCUCUCGGACUAGUAUGGCUAACAACGUGGGUCUAUGGAGUGACGACCAAUCCGCAGGACAGCCCUUUUAUCAGCAAAUCCGAGCUCCGGCUGAUCCAAGAUGGGAAGUCCGAAUCUUCUGUGAAGAAGAAUAAGUUCCCGCCUCUGCGUCAUUUGCUAUCCAAACUGCCAACAUGGGCGAUUAUAUUUGCAAACAUAACAAACAACUGGGGAUAUUUUGUGCUGCUCUCGUGGAUGCCCGUCUAUUUUAAAACGGUGUUUAAUGUGAACUUGAAGCAAGCAGCUUGGUUCAGUGCUGUUCCUUGGGGGACGAUGGCGAUCUCGGGCUACAUUGCAGGAGCUGCCUCCGAUCGUUUGAUUAAGGCAGGCUACUCUUUGACCCUAGUUCGAAAGAUCAUGCAGUCCAUCGGGUUUAUCGGACCUGGGAUUGCUCUCCUCUGCUUGAACUAUGCCAAUUCAGCAGUUACUGCAGCUGUUUAUAUCACAGCAGCUCUUAGUUUGAGCUCUUUUAGCCAGGCAGGAUUCCUUCUCAACAUUCAGGACAUUGCUCCUCAAUGCGCGGGAUUCCUUCAUGGAAUAGCAAAUUCAGCUGGGACGUUUGCUGCAAUAGUCAGCACAAUCGGGACAGGUUAUUUCGUGCAGUGGCUCGGAUCGUUUCAAGCUUUUCUAACACUCACUGCUGCUCUCUACUUCAUCACUGCUGUAUUUUGGAACCUCUACGCUACCGGAGAACGAGUCUUCUAAUUAAGUUAGCAUAGAUUUAGCGAUCCCAAGGAUGAUAAACUGAAUUGAAGUCACCUUUCUAGUAGGUAGGUACAAGACAUAUAACCAAUGUUUGCUAGAAUCAUUUUGUAAUUGAUUCGAUUUAGAAGCUGGGGAAAAACAAAAAAAAGGUUUAACUUUGUAUAGCCCUUUCUUCAAUUCGUGAUUGGCACUAGGGUGUGCACAGAUAUCAGUUAUAUCCGGAACCGGUCGGAACCUACCCGUUAGGGUAAAGUCCGGAUAGCUCGUAUUGAAAAUAGGGUAGGAUCUAGGUAUUAAAAUUAGGAAUCGGUGAAAACAGGUGCCGAUUUCGAUUCCUGCAUAUAGGCUACCCAGAACCAAAAUCGAAACCGAUACCCAGAUCUGAUAAUAACUUCCCCUAGU